CUACACCUCCUUGUGAAGCUGGAAGCUGCCAAGACACAGGAAUCUCUGGGUGUCCCCGUGGUGGGUCCGAUCCUGUGCCGUGUGGUGGGACCUAUCUACAUCUUUGCUGCAACACAUAUUGUGGAGAGGUGCUGGACAAACGUGAGGUCUCGGUCAGUGGCACAGGAGGUGCUGGAGUUGCUGGUUCAGGCUGCAGGCUGCAGCUCUGUGGCUGAAUUCCUUCGGGGGAAGAAUGAAGAUGAGGAAGGGAGGUUUGCAGCGGUGAUGGGGCUCCUGAAACAGGAGUUAACCAAAGACACUUGGAAGCGCAACCCUGCCACAAAGCACGUGUUCUCCUGGACCCUGCCUCACAUCACCCGGCCCUGGCUCUGCCGUUACCUGGAGCGGGUCCUCCCACCAUCACUGCUCAUCUCAGACGACUACCAGGAGGACAAUAAACUCCUGGGUGUGCGCUGCCUGCAUCACAUCGUUCUGAACGUGCCAGCUGCUGAUCUGUGCCAGUUCAACAGGGCUCAGGUUGUGUACCAUGCCCUUUACAACCACCUCUAUUCACGAGAGGCCCCUCUCAUUCAGGCAGUGCUGCUGUGCCUGCUGGACUUGCUGCCAGUCCUGGAGAGAGCCCAGCGGCAGCAGAAGCAGGUCAGACCAACCACUCACUGCGAUGAGGUGCUGCAGCUGGUUCUGACCCACAUGGAGGCAGAGCAUCGCCUCGCGCUGCGGCGGGUGUACACCAAGGCCCUGCCUGCCUUUGUGCAGAGCCUUGGCAUCCUGAUAGCACGGCACCUGAAGAGGCUGGAGCGAGUUAUCUUGGGCUAUCUGGAGGUCUGUGAUGGCCCUGAGGAAGAAGCCCGACUGGGAAUAUUGGAGACAUUGCAGUGCACCAUAGAGCGCGCUUGGCCCAGAAUGCCAUGCAGACUCCCUGUGCUCCUCAAAGCCCUGCUGAAGAUGCUCUGGGACGUGCACGCUGACCAGGGUUCAACACCAGAGCCUGUAAAAGCUGCCUUGCUCCAAGGGGCCACCAAGUGCCUCAUCCUGCUGGAUCGCUGCUCUGAAGGGCAAGUGAAGGUCCUGCUGGAAGGUGUGUACAGCAGCUGUGAGGAGAACCGCGUGCGGGAAUGCAUCAGGAAAGUGCAAGAGCACACGUGAGGUGUGGCUGAUCAGUGCUCACCCCCUUGUUGGACAGUAAACUCUUUAUUUACUUAUUU